UGAUCGCAGCCAGGAGGAAGCCCUUGAAUGCGUCACCAGUGCCGCUCACCCAGCCUGUGUUGUCCUCCAUUGUUGUCAGCUCCGCGCAGGCCCGAAGCAGCGCAGCCGCUCUGAGUUACUAUAACCAGCUGUCAUGGAGGAUCACGCCGUUCACCAGACAGAACACAUGACCACCAUUGAGACCAGUGCUGUCAGCCAACAGGUGCACGUGACAACCUUUGGCGACGCAUCCAUGAUGAGCGCCGACGACGACUCCACUUCCUCACCUGACGAGGACCCCUAUGACGACACGGACAUCCUCAACUCGGCCGGGAACGAUGAGGUGACCGCUCACCUGGCUGCAGCAGGUCCCGUCGGCAUGGCCGCAGCUGCCGCCGUGGCAACCGGCAAGAAAAGAAAGCGACCCCACAUCUUUGAAUCCAACCCUUCCAUCCGUAAGAGGCAGCAGACACGCCUCCUCAGGAAGCUGAGGGCCACGCUGGACGAGUACACCACCCGAGUAGGCCAGCAGGCCAUCGUGUUGUGCAUCUCGCCAUCCAAACCCAACCCGGUUUUCAAGGUGUUUGGUGCUGCUCCUCUGGAGAAUGUGGUGAGGAAGUACAAAGGCAUGAUGCUGGAGGACCUGGAAAACGCCUUAGCGGAGCACGCCCCUGCCGGAGGAGAGCUGGCCUCCGAGCUGCCCCCCCUCACCAUCGACGGCAUCCCCGUCUCUGUGGAUAAAAUGACCCAGGCCCAGCUGAGAGCCUUCAUCCCGGAGAUGCUGAAGUACUCGACGGGCCGAGGCAAGCCCGGCUGGGGCAAGGAGAGCUGCAAGCCCGUGUGGUGGCCCGAAGACAUCCCCUGGGCCAACGUGCGCAGCGACGUGCGCACUGAGGAGCAGAAACAGAGGGUGUCCUGGACGCAGGCGCUACGGACCAUCGUGAAAAACUGCUAUAAGCAGCACGGCCGCGAGGAUCUGCUCUACGCCUUUGAGGACCAGCAGAUCACCACCACGACCACCCAGCACCACCUGGCCACCGCGCAGAGUAUCGCACACCUGGUGCCGGCACAGACGGUAGUGCAAACCAUCAACAACCCCGACGGGACCGUGUCGCUCAUCCAGGUCGGGACGGGACACACGGUUGCGACGCUGGCCGACGCCUCGGAGCUGCAAGUCAACUACUCAACGGUGGCGGACGGCGAGGUGGAUACAAACUGGGCCACCCUGCAGGGCGGCGAGAUGACGAUCCAAACCACGCAGGCCUCGGAGGCUACGCAAGCGGUGGCGUCAUUGGCCGAGGCCGCCGUCGCCGCCAGCCAGGAGAUUCAGACAGGAGCCACCGUCACCAUGGCGCUUAAUAGCGAGGCGGCAGCCCACGCGGUAGCAACACUCGCCGAAGCCACCCUCCAAGGCGGGGGUCAGAUCGUCCUGGCUGAGACAGCGGCCGCCGUUGGGGCUCUAGCAGGCGUUCAGGAUGCAACAGGUCUGGUCCAGAUCCCCGUCAGCAUGUACCAGACGGUGGUGACCAGCCUGGCGCAGGGUAACCGACCCGUGCAGGUCGCCAUGGCGCCGGUGGCAACGCGCAUCGACAGCACGGUGACGCUCAACGGCCAGGCGGUGGAAGUGGUGACCCUGGAGCAGUGAUGCGGCCAUUUUUUUUUUUU